AUGUUUUUUUUUUGUUUUUUUAUUGUUUUCACCUUAGCUUGGCUAAAUGUUGUCUUUUCAAAGCUGAACUUCCAAAAUGAGCAGCUAGCGGCAUCCUUCUUCGAGGCUAACAGGAAUUAUCGCGUGACUAAGGAGGACGUAGUGGACGGGAUAGAAAAAUGCUGGUUCAACGUGACGAACUACCUGAUUAACGAAUCUAUAAAGCAAGAAAGCGACUUUAGCAGUGACGUGAAAACAGCCGUCAAUUCGAUGAAGCUCAAGCUGGACCAACUCCUCACCGUUUCCUAUUCAAUUAAAAAAAUAGACACAGUAAACGCGUCCUUCCAGUGGGCCCAAUCCCCAGAGCACAUAUACCUCAAUAUUAAGUUCUCCCACAGGUGGAGUUCUCCAGGUGCCCUAAAGGUGAAGGACGAAGAAGUGGUUGCGAGAGAAAACUUGUUUUCCUUUUCGGCCCUGAGUGACGACACCAACUCGGUGACAAAAAAGUACACGGUUGAUCUGAAGCUCCUCCAUGACAUAGACGAAUCGGAGACCAAGUAUAACUUCGCGUCCGUGGGGAAGGUUGUCGUUACUUUAAAGAAAAAGGAGAAGCAGAUUUGGAAUCGCCUGCUCAAGUCAAAGGAGAAGAACCCGAACAUGCAGGUCUGGUGGGACAUGAAGGAGAAGUACCAUGAUAGUGUACAGUCGUUUUUAAAAGAGGAGGAAAAAAAAAAGGAAGCAAAGAGUGGUAAGAACGAAGCGAAUGAAAGCGGCCAAACGAGUGUUAAUAAUGAACUGGGGCCCAUCCCCGGGGGGACCGGCAAAAUGGAAGAAACGAAGUUUGACGCAAGUGCAGAUGGACAUAACGCAGGACACAACAACGGGGUCACAUCAAAUGGGGCGGACACAGACAACCCCGCGCAGACGAAAAACGAAGAAUUGUAA